UGACUAUGUUACUGAGAACAGUCGCCUCAGGCAGUUAGAACAAGAGUAUAAGAACGGCAGCCUGCUCAUGGCUCUGUUUAAACGAAGGAGGGUGUGCCACCUAAACACGUAUAUCUAUCUACCUGUUUUCCUAUAGUGAGAACCUAUUAGUGAGACUGUAAUGGAAGCUAUUUGAGAAUGAGAAGAUAACCAGUUGCGAACUUUACAGUGACAGAAAAGACGCAACAUUUUUAAAUCUAUUAGUCUUCAUUUCAUUGAAACAGUGAAAUAAAGUUUCAUCAUACUUCGCAGACACAAGCCGACAAGAUGCGGUACUCAUUCGUGGUUCUGUUUCUUUUCCUGGGCCUGGUGGCAUCGGAAAAACAUACUGUAGUAAAAAGGGAUUUGUCUGACCUGAAGAUUGUGUGUUACUAUUCCAACUGGGCGGCCUACAGGCCUGGACUAGCGAAGUUCACACCUCAGAAUAUCAACCCUUAUCUCUGUACCCAUCUGAUUUAUGCUUUUGCUGGUUUAAACAAAGACUUUGAACUCAAACCUUAUGAUCCAUACAAUGAUGUUGAACAAGGAAACUACAAGAAAUUUGUUGGAUUAAAAUCUUACAAUCCAAAAUUGAAGACAAUGAUUGCCGUUGGAGGGUGGAAUGAGGGCUCCAAAAGGUUUUCCCAGCUUGUUGCUGACUACACGAACAGACAGAGGUUUAUCCGCAGUGCUAUCCGUUACCUCCGGGAACACGGAUUCGAUGGAUUAGAGCUGGAUUGGGAAUAUCCUGGUUUCAGAGAAGGAGGAAACGAUGGAGACCGAUAUGGUUAUGCUCAGUUAAUUAGGGAAACUCGUGAAGCCUUUGAUGCUGAAAGAACACCUGCUGGAAAAGAUAAGCUAAUCUUGUCUGUCGCAGUGCCUGCUGGGAAAGAUUACAUUGAUAAAGGUUUCGAUGUUGCAACUAUAAACAAGCACGUGGACUUCAUGAACGUCUUGUCCUACGACUACCAUACAGCAUACGAGUCUGAAACUCACCAUCACGCGCCGCUUUUCAAGCGUCCGGAUUUUAUCAGAUGGGACGAAAAGAACAAAUUGAACGUGGAAUGGACUAUAGAAUAUUACAUAAAGCUUGGUGCUGAGGCUGGGAAACUGAUAGCUGGUAUCCCCACUUAUGGGCGUUCCUACACAUUGAUAGAUCCAGAAGACAACGCAAUGGAAGCACCUGUAGACGGUCCUGGUGAGGAAGGACCUUCAACCAGAGAGAAAGGAUACCUGUCGUAUUAUGAAAUCUGUCAGAAUAUCUUGGAUGAAGGUUGGACUGUCCGGAAACCAUACCCAGAACAAGUGGGUCCUUAUGCUUUUAAAGAUGACCAGUGGGUCGGCUUUGAUGAUGAAGAAAUUAUCAUUGAAAAGGCUAAGUUCAUUUUAAGACGUGGACUAGGUGGUGCUAUGGUAUGGACUCUUGAUAACGACGAUUUUCGUGGACUCUGUGGCGAUGAACAGAGUCCCCUAGUGAACACUCUUCGUAAAGCUCUGUUUUCCAAUAUCAUAGAAGGUUCUUCCAAAAGACUGUCAACUCGAACUGAGGAUGAUAAUGAUGGCGGAGGUUAUAGACCUCCUAUACGAGAUGGUCAUAAGAGGAAAAGCAGACCUAACCGUCGACGUCGCCCAGGAUUUCGCAGAGUAGUUAGACCUCGCACCACAACUGAAUCCCAAAAUUUUAUAGAUCUGAUUCAGACCCCUGCCCCACCCCCAACCCCUGAUCCAGGUCCAGCUUUCACUUGCCCAGAUGAAGGAUUUUAUAGCAAUACACGUGACUGUCGCAAGUAUUUCUGGUGUUUGGAUAGUGGUCCAGCAGAACUGGGAGUAGUGCCUCAUGCCUUUACUUGUCCUUCUGGUCUUUAUUUCAAUACAAAGAUGGAAGCAUGCGACUACCCUGAAAACGUGGUCUGUAAUAGCCGUCCUGUGACCCCCGUCUUAACAACCCGGCGUCCCCGACCUCGACCAACUACUACAACCACAGAAUUGUCUAGAAGAAUUGAGAACAAAUUUGAGAACGCUCUAAACAGCUUCCAUUCUGGUAAAACUGACUUAUCCAACAGUGAUAAAAUUGCAGAACUCUUGCGUCUUCUUCAGUCUCUAGGAGGAGUGGAUCGUUUACAGAGUAUCCUGGGAUCUGAAGCUGCUGAUAGGUUAACUGCAGAGAACCUUGACAGAGAGGAUGGUCAACCACCAAGACUUCAGACGUUACCAGAUUAUGUUACUCCCCAAAGAGCUGCCGCAGAAGACGAAUCACCACGACUACAGACGUUACCAGAUUAUGUUACUCCCCAAAGAGCUGCCGCAGAAGACGAAUCACCACGACUACAGACGAUACCAGAUUAUGUUACUCCCCAAAGAGCUGCUACAGAAGACCAGUCACCACGACUUCAGAAGUUACCAGAUUAUGUUACUCCCCAAAGAGCUGCCGCAGAAGACGAAUCACCACGACUUCAGACGAUACCAGAUUAUGUUACUCCCCAAAGAGCUGCCACAGAAGACGAAUCACCACGACUUCAGACGAUACCAGAUUAUGUUACUCCCCAAAGAGCUGCCGCAGCAGCAGUUACCACUGAAAAAUUCGAAACUCCAGUCACAGAACCCUCUGCAGAUCCAAAAACAUCACCUCCAAAAAUAUCAAGCCUCCCACGAUAUCGACGCCCGUUCUCCCGACGACCUUAUAGGCCGGCAACUUUAGAGCCAUCUAAGAAUAAUGACUAUCAACCAGUAAACCAGUUAAUAAAUCAAGUUCCUCGUCGUCCUCAAUAUGAACCUCCUGAAAACACCGACAGACUCUUUCAAUAUGUUGAACCUAACAGGCAGAGAUUGCAGGAUGCAAAUAUCGAUGACCAGAAUGACAAGGAAGCUGAAUUUUCCUUUGUUUACCGCACUCCCGUCAGAACUCCAGAAUCAGCUGUUACAGAGCCAUCUACAACCCAAGUUGUGCUCAGUAAUCCUUUCGUAUACCAGACACCUCGUCGCUCUAAAGCCCUAACUACUCCACAAGACCCGAAUUUGGUCACCACCGCAACUCCUUCCAUACUAGGGCCCGAUGACAACGGUCGUACAGUCUACCGAGUUCCAGUCCGAGUUCGAGAUGGUAAAGUUGUUCGUAUACGUGGUCAUAGUGGUCGGGGAAGAAGAACAAGGAUCCGUGUCAGGCCCAGACCGGCUGCCAGUCGGACACGGGAGUUAGAUGUCUCCAAUGAAAAUACUUUCCACAGACGAAGAGUGGGAGUUCGCCGACGACCUGUAUUUACGAGUAAUUAUGAAGACGCUGGGUCUGCAGGAAUUGGCCGAUUUGCCGAGGAAUAUACUUUGACAAAAAAAGUCAAGAAUAUAAGAGAAAAUGAAUAUGUAGCAGCCCAAAGGCAUCGACCAGCUCGAAGAAGAAACCAGUCGCCUAAAACUACAACUAGAGUAACUACUGAAGUGCCCACAACACCGACCUCGACAACGACUCAGUUCUCAGCAAUAACAAUACAAUCUCCACAGCGAUAUAGGUUACCUAUUUUUGAACCACCUCUACAGGAAACUGAAAAUACCAACAAUAUUACCGAACGACUUCCGACAGUUCUCGAUGCUACUCGGCCCGACACAGAACAGACCAGUCCACGAGCUAAAACCACCAAACGACAGUAUUUUCGAACCACCUUUUCUCCGCCACCUAGAUCAACGACGACAACAACAACAACUACAACUACAACGACUACAACUCAGAGACCAACCACUCGCCGGACAACUACCACUACAACUCGGAGACCAACUACACGCCGUACAACUACCACAACAACGCCGGAACCACCGUCAGUGAUUGUUAACGGAGAUGAUGUCGAGUGUCUACAGCGUGGAGUAUUCCGUCACCCCAUUGACUGCGGUAACUUCGUGGUAUGCGCGCCAGCCAACUCGGAAGGUUACUUCCGUAGCUUCGUACACAGCUGUCCAGCUGAAAGAGUGUUCCUGGAGACCAUCGGAAGGUGUACAGUCGGCGACAAAGCGAAUUGCCAAAGCAUCAAGUAGAUGUAUUGUUGUUUAAACUCCAUAAAACUUAAUUACUCAUCGAACCAUUGUCACCCGUCUGACGCCGAUUACUUAUGGCAAUAGCUCAGUUUACUCCCAUGAUGAUUUGUACAUGAGGUAAACACGCGCAUGCACGCUACGAAUUAAGCUACAAAUUUCUGCUCAUUUACUGGUAUUUUACAUAUGUAUUAUGAAUUCAGUCAAAAGCCUUUACUGUUUGAGAGAUGGUGCAAAUAGUAAAGUAUUCCGUUUUUAGAGACCACUGGCAUAUCUAAUGGGAAAAGAACAACAAAAACAUGCCACUAACACUGAUGGUAGAACUUACUGAGCCUAAAGUACGGCCAGUCAAUUUCACAAAAUAUUCUCUUUGUUUUACUAUAUGUUUUCUACUUUAUAUCGCUAUAAUCCCUUACAUACGGGGCAAGGGCAUUUACCAUUGAGAUAGAUUAUUUUAUAUGUAUGUAUUAUAUGUAUGUAAAUUUUCUAUAUGACAAUAAUACUUUAUGUCUUGAUGAUCUCUGACCAGAAGCAUUUUUAAGUUGUUUCAAUCUUUCCUUUGAAAUUGUAUUUUCAGCGUGUUCGAAUAUACGCUGUUUUUUGUUUCUUUUUUUUGUUUGUUUUUAUUUUUAAUUUCCUUCACAUUAUAAAGGAA